AUGAGUCAUAUUCUUCCUAACGCUGAAUACUCUAUGCCUGCUGCUUUCAGUCAAGCUGCUCAUGCCGUUGCUGUACCAACGUCCUCUCUAGGUACGAUGUAUAAUAAUAAUACUAGCAUGAUGGUGGAUGAACAAGUUACCAAUAGUGCCGAAAGUUCUCAGGCACAACCACAAAGCGUAGCUGGGAUUGUACCCAUAAACAUUGUUGCUACUGUCAAUCUUGAUUGCAAACUUGACCUAAAGACCAUCGCCCUUCAUGCUAGAAACGCAGAAUAUAAUCCAAAGCGAUUCGCUGCUGUUAUCAUGAGAAUACGUGAACCUAAAACGACCGCACUUAUCUUUGCUUCGGGAAAGAUGGUGGUUACUGGUGCCAAAUCUGAAGACGACUCAAAACUUGCCAGUAGGAAAUACGCUCGUAUUAUUCAAAAACUUGGAUUUAAUGCAAAAUUUACCGAUUUCAAAAUUCAAAACAUUGUGGGUUCUUGUGAUGUGAAAUUUCCUAUACGUUUGGAAGGUCUAGCUUACUCUCACGGACAUUUUAGUAGUUAUGAACCAGAAUUAUUUCCAGGAUUAAUUUACAGAAUGGUAAAGCCCAAAAUCGUAUUACUUAUUUUUGUGUCAGGAAAAAUUGUUCUUACUGGUGCUAAAGCGAUUUAUCCCGUAUUAACGGAAUUUAGAAAGCCUUAA